AUUGAAAAAAAAACCACAAGAAGCUUCAAAUGCAAGGAAUGAAUGUCUAGCUUAUAUCGACACAGAUGGCUUGACUUAUUUUGAUAACCUCUUGGAGGAAAAGUCAUUAAAGUCAAGUAUAUUUAUCUUAGAGAAAGAUUAUGAAGAUGCAAUCCUUAGCUAGAUGAGCGAAUGUUUGUUAAUGACAGUGAAAGUAUAGUUGGUAGUGGAAGCUUAUCUGGAGGCGCUAUUAACAUGUGUGAAACAAAGAGAAAGUAUGAGUUAAUUGCUUCACCAACAAAGUCUAUCACAAGUCCAUUGUCUCCACUCAUGUUCUCCUAGUUCUCCUUGGUCAUAGGAUGAGGUGGGAAGACAAAUUUCAGAUGAUAACGUGAUUAAUGAUGCAAGAUGCGAAGAAGAUAGUUCAUCAGUAGUUCGACGAAGAGGACCUAAUCACGGGUCUCAAAUUCCAACCAAUAUUGAUGAACGGACUCAAAUAAAUGUGGUUAUGAAUAAAUUUGUCGAAAACGAGGUUCCUCGUGAAAUUACAAAUGAUAUAAAAGGAGUGAUUAAAGGAGUAUGGCCAACGUGGAAAAAGUUGAGAUAUAAUUAAGAUAAUUUUACCGACAGAGAAAUGAAAAAGGUAUGGAAUGAAAAUUCAAGUGAGAGAUACAGGGCAUCCAUUCAUUUGGCUAAGAAAGUAGCAUUAUCAUCUGCACAAGAAGAUUUAGGAAGGAAACCAGACAUAUUAGAUAUGAUAGGUAGAGGACCUGAUUGGAUGGAAGCUAAUAUAUGGAAUGACUUGGUUAAAAUUCAUUGGAAUAAAGAAGAUCACAAGAUUAAAUGUGAAAUUGCAUGGAAGAAUAAAAUGACAACGAAGGAUGAGUCUACUACCAAGCAUACUGGGGAUUCAAUUUCUUUUGGAUCACACCGUGAGAGAAUGAAAAAAGAUUUGGGACGAAAUGUGGAUGAAUUUGAGGUUUUUGAACGAAUGCAUAAAAGAAAGCAAGGUAUUGGAGAGUUUGUGGAUAACAAAUCAGCUCGAGUUAGUGAACAAUAUAAAGAGAGACAAAAUGUUGAUGAUCAGUCUACUCGACAUUCAUUCAAUCUCAAAUCAUGGUGUGAUGUGGUGGGCGACCCAUGUAAGGGGAGGGUGUACGGAUUUGGACGCAAUCAACAUUUUAGAAGAUCAUACAAUGGAAAUUCCAAUGAAAUGUGCUCUCAUGAAAAGAACAAGGAAUUAUCUCAAGAAAUUGAAGACAUGCGUGCUAUUAGCAAGAGGAUGGAGGAAGAAAUUACUGAAAGCAAAAAUAAAUUGAAACUCGUUAUCAAAGAAAAUAGACAGAGGGAAGAACAACUUAUCGAGGAAGGUAGGCAAAGAGAAGAAAAUCUAAAAAAGAUGGUUCGUAAAAUGAUUUAAGAGGCAGGAUAUACAAAUCAUUUAUAUCCAGGAGGAUCUGGUCCCCGUGAGCGCCGUGAUAAGCGAAAUAAAGAUUAAAUAUUGAUGUUAUCUUUGAUUAAUGGUUAAAUGUAUUUAGAUGAUGUGAAUAUUUACUUAUUUCAAUAUUAAUUUUAUGAUA